AAGCUGUUCGCAACAAUGGGAGUGCUGUCGUUCAUUGCCGCUGGCCAAAGGAGUAGUUGCUGUUAUUCUAGCUUCUCUGCUCUAGCGUUGAAGUGGGCGCCGACGAAACUAUCUUAGCGAACUGUCACUAAGAAUUUGGAGCCGGUGCAACGAUGAGCAGAACCGAGUUUACCGUACGAUAGCAAUUAUCUGCUACGGCUUGGCUGUUUUGCGCUCGCCGCCUGCAGGACAUCGCUGGGUCUCGACAUGGACUACCCAGGCCGAAAGCUGUCCACCUCCGGAGACUCCCUGUACGAAAUUUUGGGUCUGCCGAAGACGUCGACGCCUGAAGACAUAAAGAGGACUUACCGGAGGUUAGCUCUCAAGUAUCACCCGGACAAGAAUCCUGACAACCCAGAAGCUGCUGAGAAAUUCAAGGACAUCAACCGGGCCCACUCCAUCCUAGUGGACCUGACCAAGCGCAACAUCUACGACAAUUAUGGCUCCCUGGGCCUGUACGUAGCAGAGCAGUUUGGCGAGGAGAAUGUCAACACCUACUUUGUGCUCACCAGCGGAUGGUGCAAGGCACUGUUUGUGUUUUGUGGGCUGAUAACGGGAUGCUACCUGUGCUGCUGCUUCUGCUGCUGCUGCAACUUCUGCUGUGGCAAGUGUCGGCCCAAGCCACCCGAAGAAGCUGGCGACUAUGCCAAUCUGCAUGACGGAAACACGGAAGGAGUCAGAGGCCCCAAGGAGGAGUACAGCAGUGAAGAAGGCCAGAGCCCAGUGACCACGCAGCCGGGCUCCACAGGCAAGGUGGACGCCGCACCCCUGGCCAUGCCUCCUCCACCCUCUGCUGCCGGCGCCAACCUGAGUGAGACAACCAACCUGAGUGCAAGCCAGCAUCACACGUACAUGACGCAAGAUGUUGCAGCGAUGCCCACCAGCAACCUACAGUAGGAAAGCAAACUCCCCACCCCUCCCACCUUAGUCCGUUGUUUGUGAGAACACCUUCCCCGUGUGGUGUGCACAUUUAUCGACUGUCUUAUAGAGCCUGCGUGUUAUUGCAUGGGGCAGAGCUCAUCGACACUAUUGUGCAUGGUAUCCCCAUUUGUUGUUUGUACAAUCAGCUUGCCUCUUUUUUUUUUCGCUUUCGAUUUAAUUGUGUAAUGAUUUUUACAGUUCUGAUCACACUUGUUAUUGCAGUUGCCCAGUUUCUGCUUUCUGUGCGACAUGCCUUCUCUUGUAAUGUUCAACUUGAGCCAUGAAUAUGAUUGCACUGUAGGGAGUUUUACAAUAGUGUAUGCUAAGUGUAUAUCCAAUAUUUCCAUAACUUUUAACAGGAGCCCGCAAGAGGCUAGCGCACUAUGUGUGUGCUAUGGCACAAAACACUAAGGUAAAGCUUGUGUACACUAUUCUAAAUCUGCCUAUAUAUACUGAACUGUAAAAAUGCGGACUUCUUUACAGCAUAUCUAUAUGGAGGCUGAAUAUGAGUGUAAAUUUCAGAGCAGUUGUCUUUCUUCGCCUUGUUGUAUACCAGCAUUCCCGUGGCACUGACAUGUGUGCAUUUUCAAUAGGCUGCAUGUCAAGUCGUCCUUCAGGGGAAUUUGGGAGCUGCGUAGUAGCACCCCAUGUAGUCUGUGUACAUUGCAAAUAAGGUGUGUUGGGUUGGCUAGCCUUUGGGUUCAUAGAUUUACUUUACAAAGGCACUACUAACCUUUGCUGCAUGUGUCGAUUCUGAUAGUGGUUGCUUGCGCCACAGUAAAAGAUGCGUAAGGUGCAGACACUUGUGGCACAUGAUUCACCAAAGUGCGCACUUGUAUCUGGUUGUGGCCGUCAAGAUCUGUCCGCGGGACUACAAGAGUUCAAGACGAAAUUUGGUCCUUUGCUGCAUGUGUUAUGCCUGAUGGUGGUUUCUUUGCAACACAGUGUAAGAUACGUAUACUCUUUAGGUGCGGACGCUUCCAACUCGUGAUCUACCUGAUAGAGCUGCGUAACCGUCAUCCAGUGAUGACUGCGAAGAUCUAUCAGGAGCACAAUGCAGCUUGAAGACAAAAUGUGUUUUUUGCAAACAGAAAACACAGUGCUUGGCAAGCGCUGGCACUGCCGCCAGCCAUGCCAUUUGCUAUAGUAAUGCUACAUAAACUUCUGUCAAUACAUUGCUACUUUAUCUGUUGAACACUGCUCACAAUAAAGCGGCAGUGUCCCCACCUAAAGAGUGUAUAGCCAGGGCAAGCUAGUCAGUCUGCACUUGCACAACCCGCAUGUUGCGGCUGCGCAUUCCAUUCAACGUGUUCAGCUUAGUUUUGCCGCAUUGUCACACCUGAGCUUGGCUGCACUCCUUUGCACACCCGCUACGCAAGCCUGCCCACAUGGCAUUCAGGUCUGGUGCAUUCUAGGCGCACAGCUGCGUUCUUUCCAGACAUUCCGGGAGAGUCCAGGUGUUCUGCCGUGCCAUCCUUGCAUUAUUUUGGGCACACCUAAUGCUGCAGUGCCAUGCCACAAAACGGUGCUCCACAAGCAGCAAGCACACUGCCAAGCAAUGAACGAGUCCCGAGGCACACAGUGGAAACCGCUAGCAUAAACAACACAUUCCUUUAGUCUCAUGAAUGCACCAGUUCUGCGAUGUCUAAUAUGCCAUCAGGUUGCCCUGGUGCCGUUUUGCUUUCUUUAGAUGGGCAAUCAGCUGAUCGGCAGCACGUUGUUGAGGUAUUUCCAAAGAUUGUCCAUAUUCUGGCUGUCGACCAGCCAGUCCUAAAGCCUCUGUUUUACCGAGUGAAGAUGCCCUUUGUGUGUGUGAGGCAGCAGUACCUAACUGCCAGUACUGUGUAGGCAAUUAAAAAUACUUGGGUGCUUCUCCCCUG